AUGGAUGUUGAUCAGAGGACUGACGCUGAACUUAAAAGCGAGGAGCCCCAAGAACCAAAAGAUGAUGUCACGGAUAUCAGCGAAGUGCCAUCUAUGCAAAAUUUUGAACAAACGGAGCAUAAAAACACGGUGGAAUUCCUAACUGACUUCAAGGGUACGAAUAUUGAAUUCAAGGAGAUCACUUUGGGUGGCCGAGAUCGCAUGUCAAUGGUCAUGGAGGAGGACGAAGAUUUCGAUGCAAAUAAUCAUCCAAGCUCCGAGGAAUUAGAUGCAAUGCUGAUGCGGAACUCUGUUCUCGUGGAGGACAGUGACACAAUGGAUGAUCUCUGUUCCUUGGGACUUAUGGUCGAGGAUAUAAUCGUGAGCCGACCACAUAGUGUUGUACUCUAUAUGUUGUGGGAGUUAUAG